AUGUCUGGUAUGUCGCACGAAACCCAUGACAUGCUAUCCAAUACCCAUGGUAUGGGUUCGAACUCCGAAGGAAUGUCAAUGAUGUCGCAAUUUAGCGCAUCAUUACCUACUGGUCCACUGUGGUUUUCAGGUUGGCAACCCAGGACUGCCGGUACCACUUUCGCGGCUUGUCUUGGUUUGUUCGGAUUGACUAUGGUUGUCAAGAUGAUGGGUGCCUUCCGUCAUCAAGCAAGCCUUCCACGGAAAACGCAACAAUGGCACGAUGUCUCUGUGACCUCUGAAACGCUCAACAAGACUGAAGAUAAUAGUACCAUAGCAGCUUCGGAGUAUCAACAGAGACGAUCCAUACCCGCAUGGGCUUCACAUCAAAUUAUAAGAGGAAUAUUUGCUGGGAUUCAUGCUGGAUUGGAAUAUUUUCUCAUGUUGGCUGUGAUGUCAUACAACGUUUACUUCUUCCUGGCCAUUGUCUUUGGACAUUUUGUCGGUGAGGUAAUGUUUGGAAGAUUUGGUCAUGGUCAUGGUAGUCACAGCUAA